UGACAGCUGGAGGUUGUUGUUGUCAAAGUGACAGAUCGCUUCACGAGCACGAGGUGCAAUCGGGUGCAAGGCAGCUCGAAAGCGUGCCUGUUGUGAUUGAAAACAGUCUGUUCGAGUGCCCAAAAUUCAUUAAAAAUCCGCCUCAGCAUCCCGUAAUCGUUCUCCGAUACCGUGAAGCGAAGGUAAAUAGUUCAUUAUGGGCUGGAGUGUGGAAGAAGAGUGCCGCGAUGAAAAGCCCAACAUUAGCGCGUCCCAGCUGCUAACACCGAAAAGUGAGGCCGGGACGGAUAAGCGUAGAGAGCAGCGCGUUAAGCUACCGACCAACUAUCGGAAGGCCUGCAAGUAUGCGCAGCUGGCCGUGGAGGAGAAGCGUGACAUCAAUGCGCUGCUGGACCAGGACCGACACUUCCGGACCGGGCGCUCGAUCGUGGGCCGGGUGCUGUGCAAUCUGCCCAAGAUCGAUGCCAUCUACACGAAGCUUGAGCUCGCGACGAAGGAACCGGGCCUGCGGCCAUGGCUCGCCCGCGUACUCAUCUCGGAACUGUUGUACGGCAGCGGACGGUUGGUCGGUAGUGCGCUGCCGGUCGAGUGUGUCCGAAAGUAUGCGGAACAGCUGCGCGCGCUGAAGGCCGAGAUCGAGCAAAACUUUACGGUUGAAUUUGCAGUACCACGCUUUGUGCGUAUCAACACGACCCAGCUGAGCAAAGCGGAUGCGAAGGCCCUGCUCGCCAAGGAACAAUGGUUUGCGGUUGAGGAAAAGUUCGACAGCUACCGCGAGUUCCUGGAACGCGUGAAAACGCUCGGGGACAAGGAAUACAUCGAAGAUUUUCAUUUUCCCGAUAUGCUCGUUUUCCCGAACAGUGCCAAACAGUACUGGGGCAAGGCAGUGCAUCUGCGGGACCGCUUCAUACUGCAGAACAAGGCCUGUCUGCUACCGACGUAUCUGCUCCGUCCGGGCAAAAAAUCCGUUGUGCUCGAUAUGUGUGCUGCACCGGGCCUGAAGACAACACAUCUGGCCGCCCUGAUGAAGAACAAGGGCCGUAUCUACGCGGUCGAGCACAAUGUCAACCGGUACGCUUUACUCACCCAGAUGGUCGGUGCGUACGGUGUGAUUAAAACGCUGCACAGCGACUGUCUGAAGGUGAGCGACGAACAGGUGCCGGGCGUCGAGUACAUACUGCUCGAUCCGAGCUGUUCCGGUUCCGGCAUGCUGCAACGCCAGUUCGAAAAGGACGAGGUCGACCAGCACCGUCUGUACAAGCUUGGCGGCGUGCAGUACAAGCUGCUGUCGCACGCGAUGAACGCGUACCCGAACGCGCGCCGUAUCGUGUACUCGACCUGCUCGGUACACACGAUCGAAAACGAGGAGGUGGUGCAGGGUGUGUUGCGUCACAACGGGCACUUCCGGCUGCUGGACGCGCGGAAGGAGCUGGGCAGGGAGUGGCUAAACGUUGGCUCGCCGAACUUUCCCGGCAUCGGCGAACGGUGUCUGUACGCGCGAACCGAGGACGAUCUGACGAUCGGGAUGUUUGUGGCCGUGUUCGAACGGUGCCCGGAGGGCGUGGUGAACGAGACGUACACGGCGUACGAAAGGCAGAAGGAUAGCUACGAGCGGCUCGCACUGAUACAGCGCAAGCAUCCCGCGCUGCAGGAGAUCAAUGAAGAGGAUUGGCGCCCGGAAGCACCAUUCGCUGGUAAGCGGAAGGUGCCGAAUACGGAGCGUACCGAACAUGUGCCGGUAAAGACGGAACCAAUCGCUAAGAAGCGGAGGAGCAGUCAGACUGUCGAACAGGAUGAAGAAGAUGAUGAAGAAGAUGUAAAACCAUUCGUAUCGGUCAAACAGGAAAAGCAGGAAGAAGAAGAGGAAGAUGUGAAACCAUUCGUUGUGGUAAAACAGGAAGAGCAGGACGAAGAAGGGGAAGAUGUGAAGCCAUUCGUUAAGAAGUCGAAGAAAAAGGAUAAAUCAAAGAAGAGCCGGAAAGGUGUUUCCCAAUAGUUAACGGAAGCAGAAGGAUUGGAGGUGGAUUAAAUUUCCCGAAAGAAGUAGACGUAAACAUAACCUUAAACAGGCGAUUCAGGUAACAAGAUUAGUUAGUAAUAUAAGCCGAAUCACAGAAGAGUUGCUCGAUGAAGAUGACAAGGAUCAGGAAGAUUCUUGAGAAAAAAUGUUUCAAUAUUGAUGUAAGGCAGUAUAGGAUUCGCGUUCGCGUGGCAAAUCGUCGAAUGCAAGCUUACGAUCAGUGUAUAAGCGCUCGAGAAUAUAAACCACUGUUAAUGUAACAAGCUUGGUGUUUGCAAGUAAUGGUGAAA